CAUGAGAUUUUGUGCGUGGCAGCCAAAUGUGGCAGCUCGGAGUGGGAGCUCCAUCUUCUAUUUUCCCUCGCCUCAAAUUCUAUCCAAAAUUCAGUAUCAGCUCAGAGAAACUCAUGUAACCGUGACCCCCAACAUGAAAGCAUCAGCCAAAGGUGGAUCAAAGUCGCGCUUUGUCGCAGCUAGAAUGACUGAUCUGGGGCGGGGAAAGAGAAGAAACGAGAUCGGAGAGCCUCCGACAGGCGGGGUAUUCGCAUCUUCAUCAUCAUCAUCAUUAUAGAACUACCCCAGAUCCCCACCCAAGCUUCACAUCUGGCAACCACCACCAACACACGACCUCAAGAACAACCAUCAUGGUCCUCGACAAGCCCGAAAACAAAAACGUCCUCAAAUCCUUCGACCUGAGCGGCAGAGUCGCCGCCAUAACAGGCGGCGCGCGAGGCAUCGGCCUCGAAGUCUCAAAAGCCCUCGCAGAAGCCGGAGCCAACAUCGCGAUAAUCUACAACACCUCCCCAAGCGAAACCGCGAACGCCCUCGCCGCAACCCUAGCCUCAACCAACACCAUAAAAGCGACAGCCUACCGCGCCGACGUCUCGAACCAAGCCUCGAUCGCGUCCACCGUCGACCAAAUCGCCGCCGACUUCGGGCAGCUGGACAUCAUCGUCGUGAACUCAGGGAUCGUGUCCAACGUGCCAGCGGAGGAGUACACCCCGGAGCAAUGGCGCGAGAUCAUGAAGGUCAAUCUCGACGGGGCCUUCUGGACGGCGCAGGCCGCGGCCCGGAUCUUCAAGGCCCAGGGUCGCGGGAAUGUUAUCUUCACGGCGUCGGUUAGCGCGAGCUUGGUGAAUGUGCCGCAGAGGCAGGCUGCUUAUAACGCUUCCAAGGCCGGCGUCGUGCAAUUGGCUAAGUGUCUGGCUGUUGAGUGGGUGGAUUUCUGUCGCGUGAAUUGCAUAUCGCCUGGUUUUAUUGAGACGGAGAUUCUGGAUAUCCAUCCGCUGGAGUGGCGAGAGAAGUGGUUUAGUAUGAUCCCUGCGCAGCGGAUGGCGGAUGCGUAUGAGUUGAAGGGGGCGUAUGUGUUUUGCGCGUCGGAUGCGUCGAGUUAUAUGACCGGGGCGAAUCUGGUCAUCGAUGGUGGGUAUACACUUCCAUAAAUUUUCAACGAUGGGUAGGACUUGAAGGUUAUUGCGCAU